AUGGUUAAGUAUGGUCGGCAUAUAGAACGUCUUCACGACUGCGCGAGGAAAUCCGAGCGCCAGCGUGGAGCUGCAAGAACCACAGACUACCAGAAACUCACAUCUGACUUCGCAGAGCUUUUCAGAGAGGCUAAUGAAGAACACCUUAAAGAAGGAAGAGCCUUAGUGUUCGCUAAAGCUACGAAGCACACCGCCAAAGCCCAUAACCUGAAAGAUCAACUGCCUGAAGGGAGCAUGGAAUCUUUGGCAACAACCAUUUGUUUCGUCACGCUGAACUGCCGAACACUAUCGAGUGAACUCCAACAAGCCGCUCUAUCCAGACUUCUGCGAUAUCUCUGUGUGUCUUUUGCUGCACUGCAGGAAACACGCAUGAGAGAUCGGCCCGUCAUCAGCAUCGAAAAUUACACCAUAUACUGCGGCGAUGCUGAUGAGAUCAAAGUAGGUGGCUGCGCGAUAGCUGUGAGGAACGAUUACAAGAACCUGGUGGAGGAAUUUGGCUCAACGUCGUCUAGAUGCGCCUUUUUACGACUGCGGGAUCGCGGAGGACGUAAACUCUGGAUCGUAAGUGCUCACGCACCUACGGAAACCGCUGAGGACAACAGUAAGAACGCCUUCUAUGAUGAACUCAAUGCGUUGAUGUCUAAAAUACCAAGCCAGCAGGUGGUCAUUGUCGGAAUCGACGCAAAUGCGAAGAUGGGACUCGAACAGCAAUCCGAUGUGCUAGGAAAAUGGUACUAUGCUGCGGAGCGCACGUCGGACGACGGUGACCGUCUGGUCGACUUAUGCGAACAGACGGGCCUCAUCAUCGCUUCCACGUUUAAGAGGAAUCAUCGACGCCAUCAGCUCACAUGGCAGGGCUCGACUGCGUUCUGGCGAGGCGUUGCGUUCGACUCUGACCACCGUCCAGUUCUUCUCAGCUUCAAGAUACGGUUCCACAAGAGAAACGGAGGAGUUCCUCUUCAACCGAAAAUCGACAUGGUAGGCCUGAAAGACGAUGAAUGCAGAAGAAAAUUCCGCCAACAUUUGUCUGUUCAUGUUGGAGUACGGAACAGGAAGAAGCUUAGCGAUGCGGAUUCCUUCAUAAAGUGCAUCCAGGACGCUGCAAGAAAAACGCUCCCGGUUUUAUUGCCGCGGAAGAAGUUUGCCUUUGCAUCUGCAGAAACAAAAUCCACAUACAAUUCUGUAUGUGUCGCGCGCAGCGCUGGUGACUUCAACCAGGGAAAGCGUCUUAGAAGGAAGCUGCGUCGUCAACUGCAACAAGACCGCGAUAACGAGUGGACGUCAAGAGCGAUGGAGUUUGAGAAGGCGUGGGAGGACAGGAACCCGCGGAAAGCCUAUGCUCUACUAAAACAGUAUAGCGGGAAAAGGAAAAGAUGUUCCUCUGUCCUCAACACUGCCAAUGGGGUAGCUGUCGGUGAAGCAAUCCUUCCAAUUUGGAAGGAACACUUCAAGACCUUGCUGAACCGGCUAGCACCAUCAGCUCCUGAACUCGAACACGUUCAUAAACCGACAUACGUGGUUAACGAGGAGCCACCGACCGUGUCGGAGGUCCUGGUCUGUAUUCAAAAAAUGAAGAAUGAAAAAUCUGGCGGAGACGACGGAAUUAGCGCAGAAAUGCUAAAAUAUCUUCCUCCGUCUGGUAUUUGUGGGAUGACAAGGAUCAUCUUCUCAAUUGGAUUCACGAGAGGAUAG